AUGUUCGGGUGCUGUGUAGCUGGCCGUCUUUUCCAGACAAAUUUGCAGCAAGUCGAUGAGACGCACGCACUGUUUGAGCUACCAGAUGCAAGCACGAUCAACCAUGUCUGCGUAUUCUUACUGGGUACGACCCCGUUUCCUGAUGGAUAUGGCGCCACGGUACACUUUCAUUGGCCGGGGAAAGGCUUUCAGCUUCUAGGGAUGCUCUCAAACGAAAAGCCUUCCGCAAUAUUCCGUCUUCGCGGAACCUUCUCUUCGUCCACCAGUUAUAGUGCCUUUGAUUCUAUGGAUACAUCGACACAGGACAGUUCCAUGUCGCCUAGUGUGACCGCAAUGUUGGGGAUAUCCAUCGAAACUUUACAACAAAUCCAACCGCAGAUGGACGCUCUCCAAUCGGUCACGACUGUCGCUAAACCUUCGCCCGCCUCAAACCCCAUCCUUUUAGCGGAGAAGAUCGUGAGGCAUCUAUUCAACUACGUAGCAGGAUUUUCUGGAGGAUUACCGGGCAGUAAAACGUCGGUAUCAAUGUCGGUGAUCGCGAAAUGGUAUGAAAACUUUACGACAAAGAUCAAAACGACUGGUAUUGGAUUCUUGGAGAGGGAGGAAUGA